GUGGACACACGUUCGCAGUCCAAAUAUAAAUAUAGCCACGUGACUGACGGCUGUCGCGUGCGCACUAGCCCUUAUAUUAGGCUGGGAAUGUACGAUAAGCUUUACAAAACGGAAUUGAUACGUUUCGAAAUGUAGCUUACGCGCGCAACGAUAUUUUUUUCUCGCAUGCACGGACGUGGAUUCCUGAACGGAUUUGUUUUUUUUUUACGUUAAUUUAAUUUGCAGUGUUCUAUUCAUUUAGUCGGCGCGGAUUAAUUUUAUUCUAUUGAGUUUUUUUUUUCUAUAAAAUUGAUAUGGCGUAUGAUUGUGUUCGAAGUUUGAAUAAUUGGAUUAUUUUGUUUUUAACUGUGAUAAUGUGAUCGUAUAGUGUUUUUUAUUGAGUUUUUGGACAGUUUUGGGACUAUGACAUCGGCGGUGUUUAUAGUUUUUGGCGCCCUGUUGCUGCCCGGGUCUUCCUUGACGAACUCUGAUAAUCUAGAACUGCUCGUGGGUACGCUACGAACGAAUCAGCGCGCUGCAUGUGACGAUGAGCUGGUCUCUUUGUCGUGUCCGAAUCACACUUACAUCAGUAUACAAGUGGCCAAGUAUGGGAGCAUGCCGGAAGGGCAUAGUUGCAAGGCUAAACCCAUGAAUAUGCAGCUGGUGCAAAGAGAUUGUUUAUGGCCGACUAAUAUGCAGAAUGCCCUUCUACAAACGAUAGUGGAAGCGUGUCACAAGAAGCCGCAAUGUGAAUUCAGCACCAAAAUCAAACCGGGUCCCGUUGACCCUUGCCCGCAAACUGUGAAGUUCGUUGAAGUAGCCUACAAAUGCCGACCACGUACUGAUGAAUUCCACAGCAAGACUGUGUGCGAGAAUGACGUCAUCGAGUUAUCGUGCAACGCUUCCUCCAGGCUACUGAUAUACGCCGCGCAGUAUGGCCGAGCUACACACGACACUCCCUUGUUUUGCCAACAACCGCCUGGUGUAUUGGAUGAAUCAUGUUCAGCGCCAUACGCCUUGAAGACAACGAUGCAGAUUUGUCACGGCAAACAACAGUGUCAAAUUGUGGCUGACAGCAAGACCUUCGGUUCACCCUGCAGACCAGAAUCCAGGGCCUAUCUGAAAGUAUCGUACACUUGUGUUCCUCUCGGGGUCCUCUCGGAGCGCUACGAGAACUCUUCUGCAGAGGAUAAGGUGACAAACCACUAUGACAUAAAUGCAGCUGAAGAACAUUUUGAUACUCCAGAUAUAGCAGGGAAAUGGAGCAAGUCCACUAAAAAUCAAAUAUUUCCACAAACUACGAUACAUUCGUCUAGCAAUAUGAAUGGACUUGAAUAUAAAGAUCCAUCAACGAAGUCAUCCAACCUGAAAUUUUUGAUCUACAUCAGCAUUGCGACGCUAAUUGUGAUUAUACUGGCGAUGAUUUUCAUCGGCAUCCGGUAUUACAGAAACAAAAAAAGGGCACAGAAUUCCAAAAACGGUGACAUGUUCACCACAGAAGCGCCAAACGUUUUCAACGAUGCUGCAUCAGAUUUGGACAACGAUCUUGAUGUGAGUCAUAUAUCCGGGACAUUCUAUGAUCCGGUACAUCCAGAUAUGAUCCUGUAUAGAGAUGGAGCAAAUAAAGCUACGCUAAGAGCUAUGAGACCUUUGAAUACAGUGUACCCAUGUGCUGGCGCUAGCAUGUAUAGCAAUGUAGAUUACAUACCAAGUCAUUCUAGAGAUGCGAGUACUAGGUUUGGUAAUAAAGAAGUUGAUUCAGACUUGAUGAUGAGUCCAAAGAGUUUGAGUGGAUACACAAACUCACAGUUUUAUUACGGGUGACAACAAAAUCUGAGAGGUGGUGAAGCCUCUACGAACUAUUGCGUUUAAAAUAGGUAUUAUAUUGAACAAGAAGAUCCUAGUUGCACAUUCACGGACAAUAAAACCGCUCCAAUCUAGGCAGUAUUAAUUAUGACGUCACGAAUUAACUGCAAUAAACUACACCAAAAUUUCUCCAUAUCGCAUAGUAUUGACUAAUAUGGAAUAACAUUGAUAUUGCUACGUCAUAACGAAAUAAUACAUCGAUUACCAGUACGUCAUACUAGCAUAAUGUAUCGCUUGACGGUACGUCAUACAGGCUUAGAGCAUUGCUUGGCGGUACGUUAUACUGGAACAAUGUAUCGCUUGGCGGUACGUUACACUGGAAUAAUGUAUCGCUUACCGGUACGUUAUACUGGAAUAAUGUAUUGCAUGGCGGUACGUUAUACUUUGGAAUAAAGUGAUUACCACAAUACAGGGAAUCGUAGUGUGGAGAUCACAGACUUAUGUAAAUUAUUUUUAUGUGAACUAGUGAAUCAAUAAAUAUUAUUAUAUUAUUAUUAUUAUUAUUAUACUGGAAUAAUGUAUCGCUUGGCGGUACGUUAUACUGGAAUAUGUAUCGCUUGGCGGUACGUUCUACAGGAAUAAUGUAACGCUUGGCGGUACGUUAUACUGGAAUAAUGUAUCGCAUGGCGGUACGUUACACUGGAAUAAUGUAUCGCUUGGCGUUACGUUAUACUGGAAUAAUGUAUCGCUUGGCGGUACGUUAUACUGGAACAAUGUAUCGCUUGGCGGUACGUUCUACAGGAAUAAUGUAUCGCUUGGCGGUACGUUAUACUGGAAUAAUGUAUCGCUUGGCGGUACGUUAUACUGGAACAAUGUAUCGCUUGGCGGUACGUUCUACAGGAAUAAUGUAUCGCUUGGCGGUACGUUAUACUGGAAUAAUGUGUCGCUUGGCAGUACGUUAUACUGGAAUAAUGUAUCGCUUGGUUGUACGUCAUAUCGGAAUAAUUCAUCGAUUGGCUUAUAAUUCGUCGCUUAGCAGUACGAGUAGAUCCAUAUCCUCUUGGCGUAGAGUAGCCUCUUGCAAAUAGAGGCGCGGGCGAAGUUUUUAAUAAAACUAUGUACAUACAAUCAUAGGUAUGAAAUUAUAAUAAUUAAUAUUUUUGGUAUUAUACAUAAUAUUACCUGGAUAAUAUAUUUUAUUUAAGUAUAUAUUUUAUUUCAUUUAUUAGCAAAACUAUUAUAUUUCUAAAUACAAUCUUAAAAAGUUCCUUAAUUUUGUAUUAAGAAGACAAAGAAAGGGAUAAUUUUUUUCGAAAGGGAUUAUUAUUAAUUAUUUUUUUUUUUACCCUGAGAAUAUUAUUAUAAUGUGAAAUGUAUGCUAAUUAUUAUUAUUUAUUUAAUUAGAGGGGAAGUUUAAAGGAGAUUCCUGAUUUGCUAAGGAGACGUAAAAUUAUAUUCUUAAUUAAAAUACAUUCUACCAUGAAAUCAUAUGUUGUAGUCCUGUCUGAAAAUAAAAAAAACAGUAUUUUUUUAAAUAUCAAGAUUUAUUAUUUGUAUCUGUAGAUAAUGUAAAAUAUUAUCACGCAUAGAUCUAGGAUAAUAUCAAUAAAUGCAAAGAAUUUUAAUAAUUUUAUUAAUGUGCACUUUAAUUAUCUUGCAUGAUAGCCAAAAAAUUAUAAUAUAAUACAAAUUUAAUUUAUUAAUUAAUAUAAUAAUGCAAAAAAUCAAAGGAGCUUAAGUCAAAUAUGUUAAAUAUAAAAUAUACUACGAGUAGGCAAACUCUAGUCUCUUUUCAACCGACUUUAAAAAAAGGAAAUUCUUCAAAUUCAACACGUUGGUAUGUUUUUUUUACAAUCUUUGUUAGCUUAGUCAUUUAUUAACCAAUUUUCAAAAUUCUUUUUUUGUUUGAAAGAAUAUACUUCAAUAUUGAUCUUAUUCAAUUUUCAUGAAAAUGGGUGCAGUAAUUUUGUGUUAAACUUAAAAUAACUGAAAUACGUCUUUGAAGUCUAUUCCAUUUUCAUGUUAAAAAGAUUAUCCAUGAUCUCGCUCGUGGUUCGUGGACCCGUCUUUGAAUAUCAAGUCACUUAGAUGUACCUUUACUAAAUAUAGUUAAUAUUAGGUAAUUAUAAAAAAAUCACUAUCACAAGAUUUAUUUAAAAAUAUUAAAGAAUAUUGUGCUUUGUGUGUUCUGGUAUUUUUUUUAGCUCACACUGGAACAUACUCAUAUUUUGUUGUAUGAACAUGGGAUACGUAACAUUUUUUAUAAAUUUUUUGAAA